CCGGCGGUGAGUCGGUGCCGGCGGGAGCGGCGCGGGCGAGGCGGGCUCGGCCGUGCGGGUCCUCCCGGCGCGGAGGGAGACGUGCGAGGCCGGGCUGAGGAGGCACGGGGUGGCUGCUCUGCUCUCCUCUCCUCUCCUGGCAGAGCUCGCUGGGCCGGGCCCUCUGGCGGAACCCUGAGCCACCGCGCCCUGCGGGCUCUGAACGCUGAGACGGGUACGGCUGUCCUUGCUGCUCUUGGGUGUGAAUGAUGUAACCCAGACCUUGUCAGGUUUGCGCUGUUGCUUCAGUUCCUCUGCCUGCUGAAACAAAUGUGCCGUUCUGAGAAGAAACUAAGAGCAUAAAAAAGGAGUGAAGAAAAUGCACAGGUCAGAAGAUGGACAAGGGGGAUAGAGGAGAAAUGAAGAGAAAAUGGCAAGAAAGACUGAAGAAGGUGGAAGAACUAGCGUCUCACUAUGAAAGAAAUCCUCUUCCUACAGUUUAUAGACCAAGACUGUCCAAACCCUCUAUGCCACCCUCUGUUUGGAAAAUAUUUUCUCGACAGGCUGAAGCUUUUUCUUACGUAAAAACCUGCAAAGAGGAUGUUCAUGUGUUUGCUUUGGAAAAGAACACACAGACUGGACAGAGGUUUUACCUUGUGACAACAUAUGAACAGCUUUGGUUUUAUUACACCCAAGGUUGCAAAACAAGUCUUAUGCAUUGCUAUGAAGUAAUUCCUGAAAAAGAUGCUUGCAAACUUUAUUUUGAUUUGGAGUUUUACAAACCAGCAAAUCCUGAUGCAGAUGGCAAGACUAUGGUCAUGAAGUUAAUUGAGCUUGUCAGCCAAAAAUUAAAAGAAUUUUAUGAUGUAAAUUGUUCAUCAGAAGAUGUCUUGAACUUGGAUUCUAGUACUGAUGAAAAAUUUAGUCGGCACUUAAUAUUUCUACCCCAAAAGACUGUAUUUAAGGAUAACACUCAUAUUGGUAACUUUGUGAGAACCAUUUUGCAGCCUGCCAUAAGAUUAAUGGAGAGUAGGGCUGUUGUGAUUCCAGCAGAAGAAGCAGGGCAUGUUUUCCAGUGUUCUGCAGGAUUAGAUGGUUCUCUUACAAACCUCACAGCUGUUGAAGAUGAUUCUAAAGAUGGGCCAGCCAUUGCUCAUGAAACAAAGACUAUGGAAAUGCCACACCAGGGAGAAAAUCUGGAUUUUUCCUUCCUAAUAGUAAAGGAUAAAGAAGGCAACAAGCAGCUUUUUGUGGAUCUAGGAGUUUAUACAAAGAAUAGAAAUUUCCGGAUGUAUAAGUCAUCAAAAGCAGGAAAAAAUGUGAUUCUGAAGAUAGCAGAGGAUAAUAAGUUUGUCCCCAACUGUGAAAAGGAUGUUUCCUUGGAAGAAGCAUAUUUUCUUUCCUCUUUAAUCUGCAACGUUGGAGCGAAUGAUGACAUAAAAGUUCUGUCAUCUGGCUUUUCAGAGGAGAGAAAAAUGUCUGCUUUUUUAAACAGUAAAACUACCAGAAGCAGCAGAGGAGGGCCCUUCGUCAGCUGCCUUUCUGCAGGAGGCAGAGUACAUCUACCCUCCCCUCCUGUAUCCACAGCUGUCUCGCUUUAUCCCAGCUCCCUCUGCACCUUGGGGGUGGGGUGGCACUGUAAAGAUCUACAAGAAAAUCCCAUGGAAGGUUACCAGGGUUCGCCAUACCCAGAAAUUGAUAAUUUUGUUCGUUCUUUGGUUAAUAAAGAUGGACUACAAGGAGGGAUACGACAAUGGAGUUACUUCUCUCUCAAAGAACUACUUAUUUAUGAUAUUUCUGGUUACCGUUGGUGUGAAAACAUCGGAAGAGCUCACAAAAGUAACAAUAUAAUGUAUGUUCUUAUGAGUUUUGCUAGUGACUCUACAAGGACUCAGACUUCCUAUAGUUUUAGCAAAAUAAAUGAUGUGUCAGACUUGUCAAAAAGCUCAGUAUCUCCAGAGAACAGCUGGUCUCAAGACUUCCUGUUGUCAGACAGUGAGUGGGAAAACACAAGUGACGAUGCCUGUUUCCUAGAAGCUGCUGAAGAUGUGGAACUAGCUGAAGCUGCAGAUGACAGUCUGAAUUAUGCCAUGGAAGAAAUCACAGAUGAAGUUCUUUUGGAAGCUCUAAGGAAAGAAGACCCCUACACUAAACAAAGCAGCUAAGCACAGGCCUGGCUAGCAGUGAAUGACACUUGUGUGUCACAUGCUGAUGUGAAAGUUCCCGCAGGGUCGUUCACAAGCACCACCACAAGCUGUAAGACAAAGAAUGGAGUGCCUGGAUGAACCUCAACAGGCAUGAGGAAAUCAUGAAGAUUACAUGGAGGCUGAAGAGAACUGGACUAAAAAUCUCCUUAUGAAUGCUGCUUCAAGCUUAGCACCUUUAAUGCUCUUUGCGGUACAGUUUCUAUUUUAUUAGUUGUAUGUCCAAGUUUUAUUGAGAAGCUAACAAUUUAUGGACUUCUUAUUUCCAUAAAUGAGAUAAUUUAUUUCAAAUAGAAAUUUAAUAAAAAUAUUUGUUUAUUCAUCUUUG